AUGAGGAACAGAAAGCGACAUCGGGCAGAGGACGAGUACGCUGAUGAAGCUGGCUCUGCUGGAGUCUUCAGCCAUAGUCGCGCGAGCGAUGAACGCGCAUUGGACGGUAUCAAGCAUCAGGUUCAGAAACGCAGAAAAACGGGGGUCAAUACGCGAUUUGACCGUAUGGUCGAGACAAUGAACAUAACGCGGCCGUCGCCCUCUACUGUCAGCUCAAAUCGCACGAGAUCAUCAUCACUCAGCAGCUACGACGCUCCGAAAACUCCGUCAGAUGCAUAUAACUACUCAUAUCAGGAGGGUACUCGCUCUGUCGCAUCGGCAACAAGGGGCGAGAAACUUGCUGUUGUUCUCGAGGAUAUAGAGACAUCCGAGAUGUUUCGCGUGCCUUCUUUCGGUCAGCCAGAGGUGGUCGUACUUGGCAUGAAAGACGACAGCGCACCGUUACCUGGAUGGCUUGCUCAUACUUUCUUGGCCUUAGAUAAGAAGCAUCCUUUGCGGUCUCUGCUCCCAAAGGAUAUACAGGAAUCCGGUACGCAUGUGAAGGGACCACAUCGGCGUCGCUCUAGCCACACGAGCCCUCUUCCAUCCCUCCAUGAAGAUGACAUUCGUCCUGCCGAAGAGGCAGAUAGUGUAUUUGCGUUUGGCCCGCCCGAGCAACGCUCUCCCAUGCACAUCGAUACCGGCUGCUCGUUAAGCAACUUGAAAAUGUACGAGACGAAGAUUCUUUCUCCCAAUUUCGUACGACAGGACGACCCCCCUGAGUACCAGACAUCGAACGCCCAUGUCUGGGAAGGACUGGCUACAAGUUUGAAGGUCGAGUCUCCUCGCAACCUUAAUACUGCUUUUAUACCAUUCGCCAAACCUGGACCUUGCUCUGCCCUAGCUCCUGCUUUGAACCAAAUCCCGCCAAAACCUCUGCUCUUGAACAUACCGCCAAUCACCGACGUCCCUGAUGCGAACGAUUCUGGAUCUGCUUACGAUAUGAAUAUGCUCUCUCACUCACGAAUGCUGGAUGACUCUUUCUCUCACCCGUCUUUAUGCGCCCAAUCUGAUGGCUAUAUGUCUCCCGAAUACAACAUGGAUUACGAAGACGACCUCGUAGAAGAAAAUACUUACGUCGAUGGCAUGGAUUUGAUACCUUCUUCUGAUACGCCUGGACCCAGCUCUGAUACACUAACCAAUCUACAAAGCUCUUUGUUCGCUACUCCUGGUCCUGGGUACCGUACUGCGCGCCCGGUGUACUUUGACUCUCCCGCGGAGGACCCCUCGAAUUCGGACCCGCUCGACGAAUCAGAAUACCAAGUCGACUGGGGUGAGAUAGGCUUUCAAUGGAAACCAUUCAUGCGCGGACAUAACGGAGAAGAAGACAUUGACACCAAGCCCAAACCACUUCCUAUCCCCGUCUCCGUUUUAUCGGAAAUUUCGCCACCAUCUCAUCAUCGUCAGCCGUCCGUUACUAAUCAAGUGGAGAUACCGCCAAGCUCGGUCCGUCGCACUCCGCAAGGCAAACAGCAAGCAAGUCCAAAAGUCCAGCCUCCACCUCCACCUCCAGAAACACCAGUGAAGAGCCUCUUAGAGCAGGACGUGAUUACCUACGACCUGUUUGUGCAGGAAUUGGACGCGCCACGGACCCCCACCAAGGCUUCAGGCACUGAUUUUUACGAUUUCCAGGAUUGUCCUAGUAGCCAGCAAAGCCUCGCCGCGCCGGGUUCUCCUUUCGCUCAAGCCUCAGUAGAAGAAGCCCACAGUUGUGGCCGCAUAACCCCUGAGAGCGAGCUUGGACCUGUCUUUGCCCCGGCCCCGGGAAUAUACAUCUCGCCACUCAAGGAUGCUGAAUGCAGCGAUUCGUCCCAGGUAGAUCAGCUCGACGAGUCAGUCGCCGACGUGGACGAACUGUGUUUUCAGUCUCAGCCUCAGACAAAGUCGACAGCUAUUCAAAGCCCACCAAGCCGCAGGAGGAUCAACCGUCGAACGUCUAGUAGUGUCUUACCUCUGAGCCCCAUCCACGAACACCCUCCGACGUCCUCGCAGAUCACUACCGACAGCAUUGAAUCUUGGGAGGAAUGA